CGAUUUGACUAUCGCUUCAUUGUGCACCCCUUCCAUCUCUAGCGUCUACACCGGCAUAAACAAGCAAAAAGGCAACAAAAUGUCGAAUUUCGUGAAUAUGGAUAUCUUUUCAAACUACCAGAAGUAUAUAGACAAUGAGCAGGAGGUACGGGAGAACAUCCGACUUGUGGUGAGGGAAAUUGAGCAUCUGGCGAAGGACGCACAAAUCAAGUUGCAGAUAAUUCACAGCGACUUAAGCCAAAUUAGCGGCGCCUGCGGUUCAGCCCGGAAGCUAAUCGAAGCCUGUGCCGAAAAAUAUGUAAAAUUGGCCACAUUGGUGCCACCAGGGCAAUACUACAGAUACUCCGAUCAUUGGACCUACAUUACACAGCGCUUGAUUUUUCUCAUUGCCUUGGUUAUUUAUUUGGAGGCGGGCUUUUUGGUGACGCGCGAGACAGUGGCCGAAAUGCUGGGCUUGAAGACCAAGCCGGGUGAUGGCUUCCAUUUGGAUGUAGAGGACUACUUGCUGGGUAUAUUGCAGCUGGCAUCGGAGCUGUCGCGGUUUGCCACGAAUUCCGUCACGAUGGGCGAUUAUGAGCGACCCCUGAACAUCUCGCACUUUAUUGGCGACUUGAACACGGGCUUUCGAUUGCUCAACCUGAAGAAUGAUGGCUUACGCAAGCGGUUUGAUGCCCUCAAAUAUGACGUGAAGAAGAUUGAAGAGGUUGUCUACGACGUCAGCAUACGUGGCCUGUCCAACAAGGACAACAAGGAUGGGGAACAGUCGGUAGCAGCAACUGAGUAGUUCAGACCAAGAAGACUCUUAACUUUCCCGUAUCCCCUAUUUCACUUUAUACUAAUCUAAGAAGACGCUCCAUCGAAGGGCCUUGAUAAUGAUAUAAGCUAGCGAUGUUAAGCUUGAAAGCGCAUUGGUUCUGUGUUAAAUACAUCUCUGCAAUAUGUAUG